AUGUGGGUGUUUGAGGAGGUUCUACCAAAUGGUGAGAAGCUCACUGAUGUAAUCAACAAGACCAAUGAAAAUGUCAAGUACCUUCCUGGUAUCAAGCUAGGAAGAAACGUUGUUGCAGAUCCUGACCUUGAAAAUGCAGUGAAGGAAGCAAACAUGUUGGUUUUUGUCACGCCGCAUCAGUUCAUGGAUGGUAUAUGCAAGAAACUAAGUGGAGAGAUAACAGGAGAAGUUGAGGCUAUCUCUCUUGUGAAAGGAAUGGAAGUGAAGAAGGAAGGUCCUUGUAUGAUCUCCAGUCUCAUCUCCAAGCAACUUGGUAUCAACUGUUGUGUUCUUAUGGGCGCAAACAUCGCCAACCAGAUUGCUAUGGAGAAGUUUAGUGAAGCAACGGUUGGGUAUAGAGAGAGUAGAGAAAUAGCUGAGACAUGGGUUCAGCUGUUUAGUACUCCUUAUUUUAUGGUCACAGCGGUCCAUGAUGUUGAAGGAGUAGAGUUGUGUGGGACUUUGAAGAAUGUAGUGGCUAUCGCAGCGGGCUUUGUGGACGGUUUGGGGAAUAACACAAAGGCUGCAAUUAUGAGGAUUGGUUUAAGAGAGAUGAGAGCACUCUCGAAGCUUAUGUUUCCAUCUGUUAAAGACAGUACUUUCUUCGAGAGCUGUGGUGUAGCAGAUGUCAUCACAACUUGCUUACAAGGAAGAAACCGGAGAGUUGCAGAAGCAUUUGCACAAAGCGGAGGAAAAAUUAAAGAUCUCUAA